AUGGCCUUCAGGCUAGCUUUGAGAGCUCACACGAGCCGAACAUUGUGUAGUAUCACAGCCAGCUCCAGACGGGCAUAUUCAACAGGCAAUGGCUCAAAUUAUUUCACAGUAAACUUGGGCUCUAAACGAAAGGACCUCGCUGCCUUGCUACAAAGCUUGAAGCCACAAAUCAAGUUGUCCAACCCUAGCCGUCAUGACGCAGCAGUUAUUCUGGCCACGCCUGAGUAUGCUCGAUGGUUGGAGGAGGAUGGCUUCAUGGCAGAGUUUGUAAAGCUUCUCUCGGGCUCUGAAAAGAUGGAGCAGUUCCACGUUCUUGGUGCUGUGGUUGACCAUGUCGCUCCGCCUGUUCCGGCGAACAAACCCAUCCAGGGCUUGUCCAUCCUCCGCGGCUCCGUCAGCUCUAUCCUCCCAGAACUCUGGAGUGAAGCUCCUCCAAAGGCAAGGGAGGAUGCGAACAAGGUUGCGGCCUUGACGUUCGACCUCGGCAAUCCCCAUCUCACUGUCCCCUUGACCAAUACCACUUUCCAGAACCACAAGACGUCGACUCUUAUUGCAAGCCGAUACGACCUCUCUCAAGACUCUCCGAAGCUCUUGGAGAAGAUGGAAAAGCACUGGCAGCAGGUGGCUCUCCCACUCAGAGAGCAGCUGCCUUCGAUCAAGGACCUCGGCAUCUGGGCUCCCCUGGUACCCCUGACUCAACCACGUGUGGUGACGGAAAGCUUUGGAAACAUUGUAAGGCGAGUCAAUGUCGACGACGAAUCAGUUCCUGCCUCGAAUGAGCUCGAGCCAGCAGUCGAUGAAUUGCACAGUCGGAAGUCCAACCUGGUUCAGUCACCCAUGGGCAUCUGGGCUGUCAUCACGCCCCCUACGUUUGCUCAAGUGGGAAGCAAUGUUUCUCGCUCUGCUGAUCCAGAUCCGGAGGCGACAUUUGAUGAGAAUCUCAACAUUACAGACUUGGUAGCCUCGACAUCUAGUCAUCUACAUGAACUGUACGGGCAAGGGGGCCGACUGUAUCAGAUCUUGAGCGGUGGUGGUGGCUGGGGCGCAAAGAAGGGCCUGUUGUCACUUGAUCCUCAGCGAACUCACUUUGCUCUGUCUGAAGAGGAGGAAAUGCAGAGGUUCAUCCAGGCUAUGGAUGGUGGCAACUUUGUCCCCGUGGGCUCCAAGAUCCAGUUCUUCGUGUCGACCGAGACUUCAGCGACGGAAGCAUCUGGUACUCCUACCCCUGGGGUAGUAUUCGGCACCGCCAGCAGAGUCCACGACUCGACAGACGCCGAGUCCGAGACUGUCGUCUUGGAUAAUCACUUUGGCGCACUCUCGAACGACGGAAUCUUUGUCACCUCCUCGGACGCUGCCGCCGAGACGACGCCGGGCUACAACAAUGACUGGAAGCUCAACGUACCAAACUCUCGGAUCUUUGUCGGCGACCAAGAGUAG